AAAAAAACCGUUUUGUUAACCUUUAUAAAUGUCGUGAUAUUUAUUUUUUCCCUUAUAUAUAUGUGCCUACCUCACGCUGAAACAUCUAACGUUAAACAGAAGAUCAACCUGUAGUGUUUGAAUUCCCCAAUCAGACAAGCGUUGACAAGAGCAGACCAAUGCAGUGAUAGAGGGAUGUGAAUGUCACAUGUUUUCAAUAUAAUAUACACCGCCCUUCUAUUUCUAUUCCCACCCCUCCGUCAACUGUCAAUUCUGCUCGACCGCAAUCAAUCAGUUAUUUGUCAGUCGCUGUCAAUCCUUUUCUUUCUUCACGUCAGCGUUUGAAGCUGAUUAUGUGCCGCCACUGACAGAGAAAAGGGCAAAAGAAGCAUCCUGGAGAAGAGUCACUUAAUUUGAGGGACAUGGCUUUCCUGUUUAUUCAGUUUGGAAAGGUUUUUGUUGGAAGACCUGCGGUUAGACAAUAAACCUGUCCCGUGUUUAUUUUCAGUAGACGCAGAUAUUGGCCACCAGCCACGUUUAACUGUUCAUUCUUACGUUCCAGUCUUUUUAAUGUACAUUUUGGGAAUUUAUUUUUUGACUAAUAUAAAUAUAAAGAUGAUUGUUAAAUAAAAUUAUUUAUUAACUUAGGAGUUAAAAUACAUAAAACGUAGUCUUUGUAAAAAGGACUUAUAUCAAGCGAUUGAUUUACAGUAAAUUAUUUUUUAUAGGCCCAUCUAAAACGUGCAAGCGUAUUUCGACUCAACCACCGCAAAUGUAAUUACAUUACAGAAGGCUACAUAACCUGUUGUCGCUGUAAUAUUCAUUAUCAUUUGUAUAAUUGUUUUUAUUUCAUUAAUUAUUGUUUUUAUUUUACUAUAGGCUACAUACUGAAUUAAAUAGAAAGAAAGCCAGUGCGUUGAUCUGACUUUGUUGAACAGAGGUAAGACCUGUUUUAAACAUGUUGAGGCUAAAUUUUAGACAUAUACAUCACAUUUACUUUAAAUUACAUUUUCGUUUCUCACACAUCGUUUCAGAUUUUCCGGGCAUUGCAUGUUUUGCACCAAUAUGAACUUCACUAGUAUGACUACACAUUGCCUCAGGCAUAUGCCAACAAAACAUUAACUUACUUGGAGCGUUAAAAGAGACAAGAGAAUAUAAUAAUAAAACAGCCCAGACAGUUUUUCAUUAUGUCACCUAUACUUUAUUUACACACAAUAAAAAAAAUUGAUUUGACAAUACGAAAAGACAUAAAAGGAAGAAAAAUGGUCUGUCAGACCUUUGUGAAAAGAAGUUUAAAAUGCCUUGAACUAUUCACCACUGAGACGGCUAAUCAGUAUUGAGGCUCCGGGGCAAUCGGGCAGCUUUUCAAUGCGCUUUGCCUUUCAUCUCUCUCUGGAUGGUGGCGCUCAAUUAAAAGCCUAUCAGUUUGUAAGUAAAUCAACGCCUAUCAAAGUUGUCACAUCAAACAAAACGAUUAUUAUUACAACCCGCCUCCACCAUUAAUCUCUUUCUGCGGUAAUCCGCUUGACAGGUCAUCGUGGAGAGCAAGAAAACCUGGAGUGGACAGUCAUCAAUGAGAAAGAAAUGUAUAUUUUGUUGAGCAUCAACAUGACAUCGAAACAGAUAACCCCGAUCUAUAAGAAACAACAAAUGUUUGCAUCUUUAUAAUCUCACAUUUUAUAGGUUUUAUCGAAUACAGUUAGGCUAAUUGAAAUAGGUCCCAUUUGUAAACCCAGAAUGAUGUCGCAACAAAAAAUAUAUUUUCACAAAACGUAGGCCUAAACAUUAUAAUUCCAAUAUAGCAUAUUUUAAGUGAACCUAUUUAUUCUUCAUCACACACAUUGUUCCACAAAGAUCAAUUGCGUUUGGUUAUUCAACUUGUAUAGUUAACAAGUCAAUUUGUUUUCAUGUUUAGAAAGUUUGGGUUAUUCAUCCACAGCCUUUGCACAUAAGCGGCACAUGUAGGCUACUUAAACAAUUUGGAUAGUAUAAAAAUAACAAAUAAAAAUGUGUGCAAUGUAAAGCAAAAGAACAAUAAUAAAAACAUAAUUUAGCAGUUUUUCUAUUAUAAUUUUUGGGCUACCAACAUUACAUAUUCAUAUAAGUUUUUUGAAACUGCAAAUAGGCCUACUGUAUUUGUUCCCUACAACACACAUUUAAAGAGACAAAGCAAUAUCGGCAUUGUAACUGAGCUGAACGGAGAAUCAUUCUUCAGUAUGUGAAUAUCCGUGACUGUUUUCAAAUGCUGUCAGUGCAUGGCACAAUACGUGAGUUAUUAGGACAGAGAAGGGCAGUCAUAAAUUCCGAGCAUCGGGCAAAAAAUAAUCUUUAUUGUUUGCAUGACGAAUGAGCUUCUGAACCAGACACCAACCACUCCUUUCAUUAGAUUACAAUUUUAUGGGUGUCAAAUUUAUAAUGUAUAAAUGUAAAGGAUUAUGGCUUUUUAUUUCAUAUUACACAUGUUAACUCUCUGUGAGUAAAUUAUAGCCUUUUACAGUUUAAAGCUGCUGUUUUAACUGUAAUUAACCUACUGUUGUACAAGUUUAGGACGACACAUUUAGAAUUUAGCUAUACAAUACACUUACAUUACACACAGAUUUCCCUUCUUAUAGGAGAAGGAAAAAUGAAAGCGUGUAAACGUUAAAUGAUGCGUAAAUCAGCACGGUCAAUUUAAACAUCCAAAGCUGUCCCUUUAAAGACUCGAAUCUGAUAUGUUAAACAUUCAUUAGUGUUUACAAAAGCACUUGCACAAUUCGACUGUUUUAAUAACGAAGAUAAGUUAUUGUGCGUCUGGUACGGGUGCACUUAAGCGCGUGCUGGAGCGCAUCGCUUACUGAACGCAGUGAAUGCUCUAAAAAUAAAGAAACCCAGCUCGACACCAUACAAACCUUAAACAUGCAUUACAAAACAUGUUCUGUCAUUAAUAUUAGUGAAAUAGACCACAACAAACCACUUUACCUGAAAUUACACACACGCACUCCGAUGUGAAACGACAGGUAAGGCAAUUUACAAAGCACAGUCCUUUACAUUUCAAAAGAUGAUAAAGCAUGCGAUUUUCCGUUGAUGUCUCAAGUAAAUUUUCCCAGAAUAAACUAGUAACAACAUUAUUCGAGUGUUCGGGCUCUUCCACUAUAAAAUAUCCCACUCGCCUCACGUCUCAGCGUCUGCGCGUCCACAACUUCCGCCUGUAGGCGGAUCGCGGUGACGUCAGACCCCUCCCCGCCGGAGUGCGCCAUAGAGCGUCUCUUUCAGCUUGCCCUGUCAUGCUGUAAUAAACAUAAAGCUUAAAUCUGUACUUCAAACAUUAAUCAUAAUAUGAGCAGAUGAAUGCGAACAGUUACAACGUGACAGCAUAUAGUUUAAUACAAAUGGACGUCUACAUUGUUAUACGUUGUUAUUUAACGUUUUAACACAUAUGGGAUCCAAACCCAGUUAUAACAAAUAAAAUAAAAUAAAAAACUGUUGCUUGCGAAGAAAGCAGUCCAUAUUGCAUAUCGUAUUGAUAAUCAGCGAUGUUUUCAUGAUAGUAAGUUACAUCCUACUGACUGAAACAGAUUUGAGCAAUUCAACAGUGGCGCGUGGUCCUCGUGUGAGAUCAGCUGACACGAGCACGCGGAAGAAGUGCAACAGAAACGCAAAGUUCCCAGGCAGCUAGCUUAAAAGUUUACGUUGAAAACAAAACAUUGCACUCUUUUAAACAGAACAAACGGAGGAUUUGUGGUGUUCCUCCUGGAUGCUUUAUAAAUCCUAAAUUGUCAUUUGGCUGCAAUGGCACACAAAGAGUCAGUGGUUGUAGUGAAUGGAAGUCAGGUGUCGUGCAUUGGGCAUGAUUGGUAGGACAUUCCAGAUGAUCUUUGGGUAAAAUAUGGAGAAUUGGCAAAAAGAUUGGAUCUCAGCUUCAACCAACUGAGGUCACUGACAGGCCUGAAAGUGUUCAGCCAACUGGAAGAGCUGAUUGUGGACAACAAUCUUCUCGGAAAUGACCUCCGGUUGCCCAGGUUACCGCGACUCCAUACCCUGACGCUCAAUAAGAACCAACUCACAGACAUUGAGGCCCUGCUGGAGCAUUUGAUGGAAGUGACGCCGGCCCUGGAAUACCUCAGCCUUCUGGGAAACGAGGCCUGUCCCAACCAGCUGGUCAGCAUGGAUAAAGACGAGGACGAUUAUCAGAGAUACAGGUUCUUUGUACUACAUAAGCUGACAAAUCUGAAGUUCCUGGACACCAGGAGAGUGACCCAGUGGGAGCGGUCAGAGGCCCAAGCACGCGGAGCUUUCAUGAAGGUGGUAAAGCCUAAAAAUGACCAAGACGCCAGGGAUGAUCUGAAGUCUGAAUCCGCCAGCGUGCCGUACAAUCCUUUACCUCGAGGAUCCAAAGAUGCCAGAAACCACAAAGGGGUUUUCACCAAGUGCCGUUAUGUCUACUACGGCAAGCACUCGGAGGGCAAUCGAUUCAUCCGCAAUGACCAGCUUUGACUGACAGACAGGUCAACGGAUAGACACGCAAAGGGGCUUUACAAAGAUAUCCUCUACAUAUUAUUAUAAAUAUACAUGUUGCCACACGCAUUUUAAGCAGCCCAAACACAGCCCUCUAGUGCCGUCUACUGAGUGCGCCUUCAAUGCCACCUCUCAUCCCACUCGCUCCGGCUGAGUCCUGCCAUCCAGAUUGACAUGAUUGCCUUUAAGCAGCCCCUCCAUGCAGCGGUGACAGACACACGCGCGGCCAAGUGCUCGUCCUGACAGCCGCGGCUCCAUGAUGGAUUGCCUGGUCCGACCGCCGCUCUCCGCAGGUCAGAGGUCCCACCUGAGGCUGCGGGCUGCCCACACAGAAGCCCAGGAUGAGCCUCUCUCAAAGUCAAAGAGAAAGUUGAAGAGAAAGAUGAGUUUUACACUUCAUUCGUUAUUACAGCUUAUUGCAUGAUGAUGCGAUAAUCGUGCACGUCAUGUCACUGUAGGCAGAAUGUCAGUUUACGUCAUUGUAGGUUUUCUCCCCAAUUAAAAAGUUAUGAAGUAUUUCAAAGCUUUCAAACCCAUUUGAAAGUGAAUUAACACUAGAGAAUAUGAACCCAUAAUGAACAUAAUUCUUUCAUAUUUAAUCUGUGGGUUUUGUAUAUGUUUUCAGUAUGAUUGUUUCUCAAAACUAGAGCUCUUGAGGCUCUUCAGACUUCAGGUUCUGUGGCAUGUGUAUGUUUGUGUGUAUGUGAGGUGCAUGUGCGUGUCGUGUGUGAGGUUUGCGUGUUGCGGGGGCAGUUGUUGUGGUGCAGGAGCCUGGAGGAGCUGUGAAAGGAGGUAAUGAGCUUUGCUUUAUUUCAUUCUUCCUCCGGAGGAACAGAGCAAAGAAAGACAGCAACUCUGCCAGUGAAAUAGAGAAGGUGUGUGUGUGUGUGUGUGUGUGUGUGUGUGUGUGUGUGUGUGUGUCUGUGCGUGCGUGCGUGUGUGUGUCUGUGCGUGCGUGUGUGUGUGCGUGCGUGCGUGCGUGUGUGGAGGCAACAACUUUCCUCGUUCUUUUUGAUUGUUUCCUCAUGUGAUUUUUGGACCAAUUCACGUUAAUGCCUUCCUCUUUUUUCUGUUUAUGUCUUUCUGUUUACGUGUUUUGGAAACUUACAGUGGCCAGCAGUAGAGUUUACUAACAAAUGCCAAAAAAUUGGCCAAAAUUUAAGAGAUUAAGUAAAUUAGCUGUAGUAAGAAUGAUGUUUUGUGUUUGUCCAAUUUGUUUUUCUACCUGUUGUGUUGUUGUUUUAAAUAUCACAUUCCAGAUUUUUCAUUUUUGCACUGAAGCUUUUAUAUUUACCACAACUAACCACAAAUCCCCAACAAAUGACAGUAGAAGACAUAAACAAGUGUAGACACUACUGAUGAACUGCACCCUGUUUGGAGAUGUGCUUGGUUUUUGUGCUUAUAGGACUGUAUUGCAACAACAUUAAUUAUGGUACAAUUGACCAUAUGCACAGAAGGUUCUUAAAGGGAUAGUUCACCAAAAAUGAAAUGUUAGCAACGAAACAGACCUCAUCCCCCAUUGACUCCCAUAGUGUUUAUUUUCCCUACUAUGGCAGUCAAUGGGGGAUGAGACCUGUUUGAUUACUGACAUUCUUCCAACUAUCUUCCUUUGUGUUUAGCAGAACAAAGAAAUGUAUACAGGUUUGAACAAUCUGAGGGUGCAUAAAUCAUGACAGAAUUUUCAUUUUUGGGCGAACUGUCCUUUUGAGAACUUCCGCAAUAAUAUAAACCAGCUGGAAAACGUCACCCAUUGAUGUGGGGAUAUCUUCAAUUUUUUGAGGUAGCUUUAACAGCAUCAGUAGUGUAAUACUGUGUACUUCGUUUAUAAUCGAGUCAGGUGAAUAGUGAUCCCUUACAGCAAUUUAGUUGUUUAAACGUAAAACAAGAUGAAAAGAUGUUUACAUUUCAGCGACACGAGGGGACAACACUGCAUUCAAUCAUCCCUUUUCACACUUUUUGAAGGCAUUUAGUGUACAUUGACAUCAUAGAGCUGUCACCAGAAAUGCCUGAGCUGGCUUAUCGAAAACCAGGAAGUAACUGUGCAUAUGGUCAAUUCAUUAUAAAAUUUUUGUACAGUGUCAUGAUGUUAAGUAAACAGGAAUAUUUGAAGAGUUUGGUUCCAAAAUGAGAUAACUCCAUUUGAAAAAAAUUCAAAAAUCAUGUUUUUAUUGUGUUUUAUUGUGUUAGUAGCUGUAUUUUUUUAGUUAUUAUGGCUUAAAUCAAAACAAACCAACUGCAGUUUGAUUGAUAUUAAUUGGAAUCCACAAUAAAAAAACAUCUCAUUUUGGAACCAAACUCUUCAUUUGCAUUAAGUUUGUCACACCAAAGGACCAUUAAUGUGAAUUGCAAUAAAGUGAAAAGGUGAUCAAAAAUACUUAUUUAACAUAUAGACUGAUUUAAAAUAUACUUUAAAUCUUUACGUUAGAAAUAUUUUUUUGCAUUUGUCUAUUACUCAUGUCUGUAAUGAAAAUAUGUUAUGAAUAAUGCAUUAUGUACUGCAAUUCUUGUAUAUGCACUGUGUAUCACGAAACAUUACUUUAGACGACUUUUCUUUAUCUUUCCUCUGAUUUCUUAAAGAAACAAUAAUUAAAAUGA